AUGAUCAAACAAAGGCUUCUGAGCUUACUGGCGUUAUGCUCGACGAGGGUAUCUGCUUCGGUGACCGUGCGGAAGACGGAUAAAGGCCCAACCGGCUACGAGGUGGACUUCAAAUAUAUAAACACCACAGCCAGUCGUGUGCUCAUCGGCGGAGGGUUGCAGCCGUUUUCGGAUCACUUCCACACAACUCUAAACACUCGCGCGUGGUACGAUCCUCAUGACUAUCAGCCCGGAGACUUCUAUGUAUCCUUCGGCCAGACACCCGACGACUACCAGUGGCCGCACUGUAACUACGCACCAAACUGCAGUAUCGUUACCGGCCAACUCGUCACUGAUCCGGACUUGCCUCCGUUCCAAAACGUCGAGGGAGAUCAAGUAGCAUCUAGCUUCCAGGUACCGUUCAAUGCGCAAUUCCAAGGCACCGAGGACAUAAACGCGAACUUCGACUACGCACUACCUGCCCCCGCUGAGUUUCGGGGUACCAUCAAAUCCGUCAACUAUACAUCACCGGGGUCUAUCCAUCCGGAGCCUGACGUGCAUCAUCUUGGUCUUUACCUCCCAGCAGAGUACGGCAAGGUAGAAGGGAAGAAGUACCCGCUUCUGUACCUGUCACACGGCGCUGGCGGCAACGGAAAUGACUGGGAGAACCUAGGUCGAAUGUCGAGUAUCAUCGACAAUUUAAUCGCCGGAGGCCACAUCGAGCCUACCGUUGUGGUAAUGCCGUCGUUUUAUAAUCUAGACGACAGCUUACCGCGGUUCAUCAUGGGGAACGUGUCCACCAUGUGGGAGUUACCGACAUCACAACAUAUCCGCGAGAACUACGAGAAAUACCUAUUCCCGUGGGUAGAAGAGCACCUUGACGUAUGCGACACGCCCUCAUGCCGAGCCUUCGCGGGCCUGUCGUGGGGCGGUCGUCUCACGUACGAGAUGUACGUCAACGCGACUGACUACUUCAACUGGUUUGGGAUGUUCUCGCCCGCAACCGAGGCGCCGUACGUCGACGAGGCAGCGCUGGCGGCAAAUCCCGCGUUAGCUGAAAAGGGGCUGUUUGUCGCGUACGGACUAUACGAUUCGGUCUUGACGCGCGGUAAGGACAUGCAGGCCGCCGCGACGCUUUGGAUAUCAAGUUCCUGUCGCGGAUCACGCCGGUUCGCGGCCACUACUGGAAUACGUGGCAGGACGAGCUGUGGUGGUUCGGGGUCAAAGCGCUGUGGAAGCCGUUUCCGUACACGCAACGGACCGGGCGGUAGGGUUUAA